UGAUGAUUCGCUAUUAAGAUCAAGAUGGGAAGGAUCCGUGUUGAAAAUCGAAAGCACUUAGUUGAAAGCUAGGUAGAAGUAGAGUUCGGACAAAGAAAUUUCAAUCAAGAUUUUACACACGUAAACAAGGAGCAACAAGAACUGACCGUGACAUUAAGCAAUUAUCGUACAAAUACGGUUUCACUCUUGCUCUUCCUAGUUUUUUAGAGAUAUUUAGAAUGACGAUGCUCGGAAAAAAAAAGGUUGGCGAUGCCCUGCGGCGCUUGGAGCAGACAGCAAAACUAGCGAAGCUUGAAGACGAUAGGACUCCAAGGUACUUCUUUUUUUUACUUCUAGAACAAGUUGAAGAUUCCACCUUUUACAUCUGCGUACAUCAGUUGACGAGUGAAAGUGAAUCACUCACACUGAUAGUAAGCCCGUAGUUCGCGACAUCACCACCCUCAUCUAAAGUCUUCUACCACACCGUCCUUUUCCACGACAACUUCACAGCUACAUAACAAAGCUGCAGGAUUUUUAUCGCGAACAUUCUCUUUGCGUCGCCCGCCUUGCGGGAAAAGCACGAGCCCGAUUCCUUCAGCAGCGUGAUGACCUCGAAAUUCAGUCUCCUGGAAAGGAGGUCAUGGAGAACCUGUUGGAUUCCUUGUUAAGGCCACUUUACGACAUCGUCGAAAGGGUGACUGAUGUGAAUUGUGAAGCACUACUAUUUACAUAGAAAUAGAUCUUCCAGGUUUUUUCAGUAUAUUAUACGCCACGACCGUGCAGCUGUAGCUCUAAUGUUGACCGAAACCAUGCGUAGCCGCGUGAAUGCCG